AUGGUGAAUAAUUCAGAUGUCGGGUGGGAUCUGCCACAACACGUUUGUCUCACAUUUGAAUCUGACAGUGACGAUGAUGCUUCAUCAUCGGAUGAUGAUUAUGAUUUCACUGUCACUUCAUCAGAAGAUGAUGAGUAUGAUGAUGAUGAUGGUAGAGACACCACAGGCGGUGAAGACUCCUCGGUGUCACCAAACUCCGCCGCCGGAGAAAUGGAUCGGAAAAGACCAUGGGAGGCUCUACCAAACCUAGCUCUUGCGAAUAUAUUUUGUAGAACCUCCAUUAAAGAUCGAUCCCAUAACAUUCCUUUCGUUUGCAGAUCAUGGGCCCACGCCGCUCGCCAUCCCCCGUGCUGGGCUUCCAUGGUGGCUGAAAAUCACUAUUUUCCUGGUAAUUCGGCCGCCGAUUUUGCCUUUUUGUUAGACUCUCACUCUAAUUUCGCUAGUUUUGUGGACCCUUAUGAUGGGAGGAGAAGCCCACAUCCUCACCGUGGCUUAGCAAGCUUGCAGGGGCUGAUCGGAAGAGCAGGUGGCGGCGCCGCCGUGACUUCUAUCUAUUUCUUCCCAUUUCUCACUUCCGCCGGCGCCACUCCUAACGAUGGCGCUAUUCUUUUCCUCAUCGCCGAACAGUGCCCAAACUUGAAGCACAUAUCUUUCCAUGGAUCUUACAAUGCUUCACAAGCAGCAAUAUUAGAAAUCAUCCACUGCUGUAAAAAGCUCGAGCUCGUAGAUUUCUCCGAUUCUCCGUAUUUCAACGCUUCGAUUCUGGAGGAAUUGAGCAUCUCUUGCCCUAAUAUCAGGGGAAUUAGAAGGAACGGUAAUUUGGAGCCAUCGUUUUCGCGCGCACUUAGUACCGGAUUUAAUUGCUUGAAGCUCGUAAAUUUCUCCAAUUCGACAUUGGUCGAUAAAGACCUCCUCAAAAUCGUGACAUCUUGCAAGAAACUAUGCUAUCUAGACGUUACGGGAUGCCAAGGGUUGAUAUAUUACAUGCACAUUAUAAAGGUUGCCUCUGCAAAGAUUGCCAAUAUUCUGUACGAUUGA